AAAAAUUAGAAAAAUAAUUAAGAAGCUGUUUUAAGGUAUCUUGUCAUUUUUAUUGUGAAUUAUUUACUUAGAUGUGGUAUGUGUAACUGUGUGCACGAACUUUUCUUCUCUUUCUAAUGAUAAAAAACAAAAGUAAAGUGAAGAAAAUAGAGUGAAAAACCAAAGGGGUCGUCCAAUUAGAAUUACUACUUACUAGUCAAAGUGGAAGGAGUGAGUAACCGAGUGAAUGAGUGAACGAGUGAUGGAUAUGGAAAAGGUAGUUGAUGUGGCUCCAAAUUGAACACGAAACUGAACCAUACUAAAACAAUCUAUUUCACUUGCGCACACACGCACGCACCAUCUCGUUCUUCUAAGUUCUAAGUUCUAACUUAAUCUUAAUGGAGACUCUGAGUUGGUCUCACAAUGUCUCUUCUUCUCUUCACCUACCCCUACCCCACUCCGUAAGUAAUUCUCCACCUUUUCAAUCUUCUCCAUUGUUUUACCAGACCUGCCAGGUUAGGAGGUUCAGGAUUUGCUGCACCUCUCAUCAAACUUCCAAGAGGAAUCAGAUGAUCAUAUCUGUAACUGGGGCAACAGGUUUUAUAGGUAGAAGGUUGGUGCAAAGGCUUCACGCAGACAAGCAUAGUGUUCAUGUCUUGACACGCUCUAGAUCUAAAGCUGAAGCAAUUUUCCCGGUGAAAGACUUUCCAGGAAUUAAGAUUGCGGAGGAGUCGGAAUGGAAGAAUAGCAUUCAGGGCUCAACAGGGGUGGUAAACUUGGCUGGAAUGCCCAUAAGUACCAGAUGGUCUUCGGAGAUAAAAACAGAAAUCAAGCAGAGCAGGAUUAGAGUAACAUCAAAAGUUGUAGAAUUGAUAAACAGUGCGCCAGAGGAUAUUCGACCUAAAGUUUUCGUUAGUGCAACAGCUGUUGGUUACUAUGGCACCAGUGAGACACAAGUGUUUGAUGAACAAAGUCCAUCAGGAAAUGAUUACUUGGCCGAGGUAUGUCGAGAAUGGGAAUCAACAGCCUUAAAAGUAAACGGGGAUGUUAGAGUAGCUCUAAUUCGCAUUGGUGUUGUUCUUGGUAAAGAUGGUGGAGCACUAGCUAAAAUGAUACCUCUCUUCAAGAUGUUUGCUGGUGGACCUAUAGGCUCUGGAAAACAAUGGUUUUCCUGGAUUCAUUUGGAUGACAUUGUUAAUUUAAUAUAUGAAGCACUGAUAAAUCCCUCCUAUGAAGGAGUAAUCAAUGGAACUGCACCAAAUCCUGUCCGAUUCGCGGAAUUGUGUGACCAACUAGGAUAUGCCUUGGGUCGCCCGUCGUGGCUGCCGGUACCAGACUUUGCACUCAAGGCUGUCCUUGGCGAAGGUGCUUCUGUGGUAUUAGAAGGGCAGAGAGUGCUUCCUAAUCAGGCUAAGAAAUUGGGUUUCCCAUUCAAAUAUUCUUACGUGAAAGAUGCCCUUAAAUCAAUUCUUUCAUGAAGCAAUAUUACCAUGUCAUCUGCCAUAUUCUUUAUUCUUUGGCCUCAUGCUCCACAACUUUUUAGCGGCAUUCACCGUUGACUGAGAUUUCUGAGAUCAAUGGAUGCUUCAUGGCAUUACAAUAUCAUAUUAUUAUUAUAUAUAUUCCUUCCUAAUUGUAUCUCCAAUCCCACUUCAUUAUGAUACAAUUUAGAACAAAGAAGUUUGUAUAUAUAUCUAUCUAUAUACUAUAUAGAUCUGUUGUAAACUUAAAUCCCAAUUGACCAUUUCAACA